UCGUGGUUCGCGCCAUUUUUUUUCUUUGUUUACUUAGUUCAGUCAGAUCUAGCAAACCAAGGGAGAUAACACAUUUCUUAUUUUCGAGAAAAAGUUAACCUUAUUGUGACAACUAUUCGGAGGGAGGUGUAAGUUUGUAAACAAACAAUGACAUUGUGACCCAGUGUAGGUAUAACAGAGUGACCAUGUCAGAGGUCAUAUGACAGAAGGUCAAGUGUUAGAAAGGUCACGUGAUAUUCCCCAAGUCACGUGAUUAUCAUCAUGUCUUACGUCAAACGCGCGAGACAACUCCUUCAAAAGGCCAAGGCCGGAAAACCGGAAGCGCUUCUGAAACUCAUCAAAUCUAAAAACAUCAGCAUCAACUGCUUAUACCCAGACGGCACCACGCUCCUGACGUCUGCGGCAGAAAAAUAUGGGAUAUCCUCCAUCUUGACGCUUCUCCAAUCCGGAGCGGAUCUCAACAUCCAAAACAUUCGCGGCGACACCGCGUUAAUGUUGGCGUUGAGGCGACAAAAAAUGGACGUGGUUAAGUUUUUAAUUAACGCGGGGAUUGAUGUUAAUUUGGUGAAUCAGUCAGGCGAAACGGCGUUGAGUCUUGCGUGCAGUACCUACGGGUUGGAACAGUGCGUGUUGUUGUUGAUGAAAGCCGGAGCUAAGUUGGUAGCGCAAGAGAAGUUGAAUUUACAUAUGGAGAGGUGUAUUACCAUUUUAUGGAGUAUGGGCGCUAUUAAUAAGAAGGACGGCGUGGGUAAAACUGCGUUAAUGUACGUUACAGAAAUAGGAUUGGCUAAUUGUUUGGAUAUUUUGCUUAAAAAGAAAUCGUUUGGAGGUGGGGUAUCGCCUGUAAACAAAGUAGCUAAUAAUAAAAGCUACGUGAUUGGUGAGGCUUGUAGGUUGGAUGUUGAUGUGAAGGAUACGUUCGGGAAAACGGCGCUGAUGUACGCAACUUUAUGUCAGUGGGCUGAUAUGUUUUGUACGCAACUCAUCCAAGCGGGGGCGGAUAUAAACGCGAAAGAUUCCUUAGGAGUGAGUGUUUUAAUGUACGCGAUUUCCGGGAAAACCACGCAGAAUUUCUGCGAAAGACUUGUUCAGUGUGUGUUGGAUAUCAACGCGAAAGACGAAAUGGGGAGGAAUAUUUUAUAUUACGCAAUUUCAAGUAAAAGAUCAACCGGAUUUUGCCGGUUUUUGAUUCAACACGGCGUGGACGUGAACAGCCGGGAUAAAGACGGGAACACGGCAUUAAUGUACUCGAUAGCCUUGGGUCAAGCUUCAAUGGAGCUGUGUGAAACCUUGCUUAGCGUGGGGGCGGAGGUCAACUUAGCGAACCACGCUAACCAGACGGCGCUGAUGCUGAGCAUCGUUUCCGAUCACGCCGAUUCCGGAGUGAGCUGGUGUUGCGAUUACUGGUCCGCGUCGGAGAAAUUUCGAGUCUCGUAUCUUUUGCUGGAAGUAGGUUCGGAUCCCGUCGUGGACAUGAUUCGGAAAGAAUAUUUGUUGAGUUUUUACAUGGGGUUUAGUGAUAAUUUCCUGAACUGGGUGAUCGAGCGAAAGCAGGUAUUGCGGCUUAUGGUUUGUAACGGUAUCGUGCCGUCUUUUAUCCAAGGGCAUGAGAACUUCAACAGAAACUUUCCGACUGAGCUGUACUCACCCCUGAUGUUCGCUUUACAGUCGGGUCAGGUUGACAUCGUCAAGUACCUGAUCGUGAACUGCUGCGUCAGUACCACCGACCUGCGGGUCAUGAACUCACGCUGCCGUAAAUCCAUGACCAAACACAGCAUGCACCUCUACAACCGGAUACCCGUCGAGUCGAGAAAAGUCCUGGAUGACGUCACCUCCCAGCCCUGGCCUCUGGUCAAGCUGUGUUUUGUCACGGUGUCCACCCUGAUCGGGUUGCGCCCGGGGAGGGAGGAGCGACUCCGGCGCACGCGGCUCCCCAACGUCUUGCAGAGGAUGCUGUUGUUUCAAGGUCCCAUGGCCUACAUCCCCGUCACCGACUGGCCGGACAUUCCCGUCUUCUUCGACCCUGAUGAGUAUUCCAGAACCCCUCGGCCGCUUCCGUUAAUGAAUUACUGGCCGGUAGGUCAUGUGUACUCCUAACCAGAUCACGUGAUAUGUUCAUUUGUAUAAAGGAUGUGUUGAUUUUAUUAUAAAAUGUACAAGGCAAUUUCCUUAAUGGCAAAAUAUUUAGAAAAAAAUAACGUACUGUUUAGUAAGGUGCUCUUAUGUUUGCUACGAACAAUUUAUUGUUUUCAUUACAGUUUAUAUGAAAAACAAUUUGUAUAAAGGAUGUGUUGAUUUUAUUAUAAAAUGUACAAGGCAAUCUCUUUAAUGGCAAAAUAUUUAGAAUAAAUAACGUACUGUUUAGUAAGGUACUCUUAUGGUUGCUACGAAUAUUAUAUUGUUUUCAUUACAGUUUAUAUGAAAAACAAUUUGUAUAAAGGAUGUGUUGAUUUUAUUAUAAAAUCUACACCGCAAUCUCUUUAAUGGCAAAAUAUUUAGAAAAAAAAAAUUAACGUACUGAUUAGUAAGGUCCUGUUAUGGUUCCUACGAAUAAUAUAUUGUUUUCAUUACCGUUUAUUUGAAAAAAAAACCUGAUAUGGUAUGUUCAUAAAUGUGUAUAAAGUAUGUUGAUUGUAUUUUAAAUCUCCAUGGCAAUCUCUUUAAUGGCAAAAAAGCAACUAA